GAAUACCCACUGCAAACAACCAUUCAAAGUAUCUUUCUUCGCAUCAAUUCAAUCUUCGAUACGCCAUGCCCCGAUACAGCGACGAGUGGCUGAUUGACAAAACCAUGUUUGACUACGUUCAAGGUGGUUCCUGCGCUUGCUGCUCCGGAUUUCUCUUCAUGCCUGGAGGGACCCCUGAGCUGAUCCGAUCCAUGUCGGAAUUUGAGACCGACGCAGCAAACGAUGAAGUAUCUGCAUUGGACAAACUUCCUUGGCCCCAGGAGAUGAAGGAUGAGGUGUGGAAAGAACGAGUUCGACUGCGUCAAUAUUGCAAGAAAAACAUGAAAAUAUACAAAUCUUUCUGGGAAGAUUAUGGAGACCGAUAUCAGGCUUGGUUUCACGAACUAUCGAGGCUGAAAAUACGUCGUUUGUUCCAAUUGGCUCGGACAGAGGUCGUGGAACGUUUGCAGCACCAAAAGUUUCAUAUGCAUGCCGCUUUUGGGACUGUUUUGUGUGCUGUUACAGAACAAGUCGCCCAUUUUGAAGUCACUAAGUACCCUGUCGACGGACGAGGUGAAGCAGAGAUUGGAUUUGAAAAUAUACUUGGAUAUGAUAGAAGGGGAGGCUUCACCCUCAAGGAUGACGAGGAAGAAUCUAGAACGAAAUGGCUCAUUCGACACAAAGCACUUGGUGGACCAAAAUUAUUAGAAAGGAAUCCAAAGGCAAACAACGACAGUGAUAACGAGGAUGGAGAUGGCGAUGAGAAAGAGGACGAAGACAUUGACAGAAAGUCUUCUGUACCGUCAUUCAGAUCCGACAGAAGAAUCAUCCGAUUGCUCAUUGCACGCUGUUUUGCAGACACAUUGCAAGAAGCUUUCCUUAAGGAAGUUGAAGAGAGUGGUGGAUAGUGACACAGAUUGUUCCAUCAAGAACAAAUUACCACAAAAGCAUGACAGAAAGACAACACGGAGAUGAUUGGUCUCAAACAGCGUACAACAAACCGAUCAAAAAUAUUGGCUAAUGCAUAGAUCUAAAUCUGCCAUUACUUACUUGGAC